UAGCAUAUGACACGUUGCAAUUGAAGUUAGUUAUGGUUGUUGUGAUUUGUGAAAGGCAAAACAAAGGAACAGAAAGAAUUGUGAUCCGAAGCUAAGGUAAUUCAACUAUGGAGUCUCUAGACUCGUUUGAGGAAGAGCAGUCACAUCAUCAAUCUCCAACCACUGGUGGAGGAGGAGGAGUAGUAGUAGGAGGACCUUUUGAAGAUGACAACAAUAGUAACUAUGAAGGAUUCAAUUCUCAACAGCAGUUUGAUUAUGGAUCCACAUUCCAUCCUCCAAAUAAUCCCGACGACGAUCACCUCACCGUUGACACCAGCAACAACAUCAACAAUGACCAACAUUCUCCUCCCGGAUAUGGAUUCGGAGUUUCAAGCCCUAACCCUAACCCUGAUUUCGUUACUCCGUUUCAAACCAAUGAAACUGAUGAUGGAAUCUUCUCUUCUGAAGGUCCUGUUCUUCCUGAUCCCACUCAAAUGCAAGAGGAAGGCUUUGCUAGACGCGAAUGGCGAAGGAAAAAUGCCAUUCACCUUGAGGAAAAGGAGAAGAGAGAAAAGGAAAUGAGAAAUCAGAUCAUAAAGGAAGCUGAAGAUUUUAAGGAAGCUUUCUAUGAGAAAAGAAAACUCAAUUGUGAGACAAACAAACAAACCAACAGAGAAAAAGAAAAGAUAUACUUGGCCAACCAAGAGAAAUUUCACAAAGAAGCUGACAAACAUUACUGGAAAGCAAUAGCAGAGAUCAUUCCUCGCGAGGUUCCUAAUAUUGAGAAGAGGAGAGGGAAAAAAGAAGCCGACAAUAAACCUUCGGUUCAUGUUAUUCAAGGUCCAAAGCCUGGGAAACCUACCGAUCUUUCUAGAAUGCGCCAAAUGAUUUUGAAGCUUAAACAGAAUCCCCCGACUCAUAUGAUGCCUCCUCCCCCACCAAAAGAAGGCAAAGAUGCAAAAGAAAACAAAGAUGGCAAAGACGCUAAAGAUGCAAAGGAUGGGAAAAAUGACAAGGCAGAGAAAAGCUCAACACCAACUGCUACUGCCUCUCCAGGUUCUGCAGAAAAUAAGCCUACUACACCUACAAAAGAUGAUGCUGCUGCUGCUGCUUCUGUUAAUGGUGAACAACAAGAUCCUCCAGCAGUUGAGGGUGAGCAAGUUGCUAGUUCUGAGCCACCAGCUGCUCAGUGAUGAGGACAAUAUGUUAUUCUUUUUUCUUGGCAAUUCUUUUAGAUAUAUACCUAUUUUUUUGAGCUUUCUAUUCUUACAUUCAUUAAGAAUAAGUGAUGGACAUAGUAGAAAGAUACUUUGGACUUUGCAGCACCCCUGUUGAGAGCAUCAGUCUAAACUAUUGUCCUAGUUUUGUAGGUUUUAGUGCAAAUCUUUUUGUUGUUAUUUUACUUUGGAAUUCCUUAUCAAAGUACAAUUUUUUUUUCCACUCUCUUAUCUUUUGCAUAUUUAUUUCAUUUAACUCUCAGCAAGAAGCACCCAACAUUGCUUUUGUCAAUUCUGAGGUAUUGAUAGUUCACAAAAAAAACUUUGAUUAUACGGCCAAUUUUUUUGUAUAGCCAUGUUAUAAGUACGAUGUAGAGACUAAUUUCCGUCAGAGAACCUAUUGGGCAAACAAGAUGGGUUUUUUCAUCCCGAGUGGAUAUUCUAUAUACACAAUAGUCAAGGAUCGAACUCGGUUGACCACUUGCUUAAGGUUCCCAAGUCUCUUACCACUUGAUUAUACAACCAACUAGUAACUAA